GCAACAUGGCGACCCUAAUCCCACUCAUUCUUUUACUUUUCUGCUCCUUCUCCUUGGGCCAGUACUUCCCAUCCACCCCGCAAGGUCUCAAACACAUCACCUCGCACAUCCCCGGCGCCUCGCUCUCCUACAAACAGACCAACAUCUGCAACUCAACCACCUCCUACACCGGCUACAUCCACCUCCCCCCAAACCCCACCGACGCCUCCCCCCACCCCAGCAACAUCUACUUCUUCUACACCGAGUCUCGCCAUGACCCCUCCUCCGCCCCAUUAACCGUCUACCUGGGCGGCGGCCCCGGCGCCAGCUCCAUUUCCUCCAUGUUCACCGAGGUCGGCGCCUGCACUGUCAACGACGAUUCGAACACCACAGCGCCUAACCCCUGGGCGUGGAAUCGUGUCUCUAAUAUGCUGUUUCUCGAUCAGCCGGUUCAGACGGGUUUUUCGUACGAUGUGCUGACCAAUUCGACGGUGGAUUAUACCACGGCGGCGGUUGUUCCAGGGGAAAUGGAGGGAAGUGUGCCUGGUGUGAAUGCUACGUUUGGGGUGGGGGUGUUUGGAUCGGGUGAUUUGAAUGGCACGGUUAAUUCGACGACGACGGGGGCGAGGGUGUUUUGGGAUGUGUUGCAGGUUUGGAUGGUUGAGUUUCCGGAGUAUAACUCCACUGAUAACCACAUCAAUAUCUGGACUGAGUCGUUCGGCGGCCGCUACGGCCCAUCCUACACCUCGUACAUCCUAGACCAAAACAAGCGCAUCCAAGCCGGCCAGCUCGACGCCCACCAAAUCCACGUCGACUCGCUCGGCAUCCACAACGGCUGCAGCGACGUCGUCACAGAGGGCUCGUUCUACCCUGAAUUCGCAUACCGCAAUACCUACGGCGUGAAGGUCAUCUCGAAAGAGAUCUACGAGGCGUCGAAACACAACUUCACCAAGCCAGGCGGGUGUUUGGAUCUGGCGCUGCAGUGUAAGGAGUUGGCGGAUAGGCUGGAUCCGUUGAAUGUGGGGAAUGAUGUCCAGGUAAAUGAGUUGUGUGUGUUGGCGAAUCAGUAUUGCUAUGUUAAUGUGUUGGGGGGGUAUGUGGCGUCGGGGCGCGACAUUCACGACAUGGCUGCCGUGGAGACCGUGACUGUUCCGUCGCCGUACAGCGAUGGGUUCUUGAACCGUGCCUGGGUGCAGGAGGAGCUAGGCGUGCCAGUCAACUUCACUGCGAAUUCCAACACGGUCUACAACGCCUUCGGUACGACCGGCAACGCCCUCAUUCUCCGCGGAAACGCGAUGGACGAGUUCGCCUCGAUCCUGGCCCACGGCGUCAAGGUGAAUCUGGUCUACGGGGACCGCGAUUAUCUCUGCAACUGGAUGGGCGGCGAAAACAUCAGCCUCUCAAUUAAACACAAACAGUCGCGCGCGUUCCAGCACAGCGGAUACCAAGCGCUCAUUACCAAUUCCUCCUACGUGGGUGGUGUUGUUCGACAGCAUGGGAAUCUUUCGUUCACGAGGGUGUUUGAUGCCGGUCAUGCUGCCGUCGCGUACCAGCCUGAAACCUUCUUCCGCAUCUUCUCUCGCAUCAUGGCCUCCAAGGAUAUCGCUACCGGCGAGGAAUGGCUGAUCGAUGACUAUUCGGAGACUUAUAGGACGCGGGGCCCGCAUUCGAGUUUCGGGGUUAAGAAUGUGAUGCCGGAGCCUGCGGAGCCGGUGUGCUAUACGCUGGAUAUGAUGACUACUUGUACGGAGGGGCAGAAGGAGGCGUUGGUGAAUGGGACGGCUGUGGUGAGGGACUUUGUGGUUGUUGAGCCGAAGUAGCGUUGGGGAGUGUGCUAGAUAGCUUUUAC